CAUGUCUUCAUUCUUCCGCACUGGGCGCAAGUGCAUCGCUAUUGGGCGCAACUACGUCGACCACGCCAAGGAGUUGGGCAAUGCGGUUCCUAAGGAACCCUUCUUCUUCCUCAAGCCCACAUCGUCGUACAUCGGCCCCGGCGACACUGUGGAGAUCCCCAAGGGCGUGAACUGCCACCAUGAGGUUGAGCUCGGCAUCGUGAUCGGCAAGAACGGCCGUAACAUCCCCGAGUCGGAGGCUGAAUCUUACAUCGCGGGCUACACCCUCGCCAUCGACAUGACCGCCCGCAACAUGCAGGAGGCCGUGAAGAAGAAGGGUCUCCCCUGGUCGGCCGCCAAGGGCUUCGACACCUUCUGCCCCGUCGGCCCGUUCAUUCCCAAGAACAAGAUCGCCGACACGUCCAAGGUCGGCCUCAAGCUCAGCAUCAACGGCAAUGUCAAGCAGGCCGGAACGACUGCUGACAUGAUCUUCGAUGUGCCCCGCCUCAUCAGCUUCGUAAGCGGCAUUAUGAAGCUCGAGGAGGGUGACCUCAUCCUCACUGGCACCCCGGCCGGCGUGUCUCAGGUUAAGCCGGGCGACACGGUCGAUGUGAGCCUGAGCUACCCCGGGCUCGAGGGCGAGGUGCUGGACCAGUAUGAGGUCAAGGCCGUGCAGCGCGAGGGCGGGCACGAGUUCAAGGAGUAGACUGGCCCAGCGACGGAAGGGCGAUGUCGGCUGGAGGCAAAUACAGAACCUCGCGGCUAGAUCUAUGCAGCAAUGAACGGAAGAGGUGGCACACCUCAGUGAGUUACAUACAAAGCCCAAUACUACAAGCCGGGGUAUGCACACGCCCCACCAGCGAGGCUCGUCGUGGGUAGGCGGUUAGAAGUCGCCGUGUCGUCUCGACGCCGCAUUAGUCGCUGCCUAGUCGAUCUGCCGGCGGAAGUAUGAGCUUGACACCGCGAACCCGCAGCAGAAUGCGAAG